AUGGACACCCAGAGACCCUCAAAUGUGUUCCCUCCCCACCUUCUAACAUUUGAUGCACGUUUUGUGAAUGUGGCCGAUGACGACGUUGUUGUGGUUGUUGUUGUUGUUGUGUGCAGACACAGGGCUGGGGAGGCCCUGCGGCAGUUACAGGUCUGGCUGGGACGGCACGAGGGGGAGACGGCUCACUUCCCGGUUGAGGUUCGUUUCGCCCGCGGUGACGACAUCCUGCUCAGCCCCUGCUAUAGGCAGGACAGCUGCUACAUCAACAUCAUCGCCUACAGGCCAUAUGGGAGGGAGCCGCAGCGCGAGAGAUACUGGGCAGCGUACGAGGCCAUCAUGAGGGAGAACGGAGGCCGUCCCCACUGGGCAAAGGCUCACAGUUGUGUCCGCGAGGACUUUGAGAAGAUGUACCCGGGUUUCCGCACGUUUUGCUCCAUCCGAGAGAGGCUUGAUCCCACCGGAAUGUUCCUCAACGCGUACCUGGAGAGAACCUUCUUCUGAUCAACUGUCCCCCCACC